AUGGCUGCCGUAAUCACACCUUUCCAAAGGCUCAAAUGGGGUAUAUUUCCUGUCAGGAGAAUCGUUGAUGAGGACGAGAAUGGGAACUUUAUAGACAUUGAUGAUGAAGGAGUUGCAGAAUCCACAGAUGAAAGGGAAAGCUUGGAGAAGACUGACUCGAAAUUGGAAGCUACACAUUCAAUCAAAGUGUCUGAGCCUGAAAUUGAGUAUCGUGAUGAGAAAGAUCGUCCCUGGUGGAAGUUCUUUGACGAAUAUGAGUAUCGAGUCACUACGCAACAGAAAAAGAGUAGAAAGUGGUACAAGUGGUUCCAUGAUGAUGACACACCUGAAGAGAAGAAAGUUAUCACCAAGAUUGAUAUUUUGUUAACUUGUUACUCCCUCAUGGCGUACUGGGUGAAGUAUUUGGAUCAAACGAAUUUGACCAAUGCCUAUAUCGGCGGGAUUAAAGAAGCCAUCGGUAUGGAGGGUAAUGAUUUUAUCAACACACAAGUCAUGUUUACAGUGGGAAACAUCGUGUUUCAAAUUCCCUUCAUGUACAUAUUUUACGCACUCCCAUUGAACUACGUGUUACCGGUUUUGGAUUUCAGUUGGUCAGUGUUGACUAUUUGUACAGCCAAGGUGACAAAUGUUCCCGGUCUUAAGGCAAUCAGUUUCUUUAUUGGCGCAUUUGAAGCACCUACUUACAUUGCUUAUCAUGCAUUGUUUGCCUCAUGGUUCAAAGGAAGUACAGGUGAGGUAGCUCGUAGAGCUGGGUUUUUUUACAUGGGUCAAUUUUUGGGAAUAUUGACAUCUGGUGUGCUUUCAGGUGCAAUCAAAAGACACUUGGGUAGUGUUAAUGGAUAUGAAGCAUGGCAGUGGAUUUUCAUCAUUGAUGGGAUAAUUAGUUUUGCCGUUGGUCUUAUUGGUAUCUAUAUGAUCCCAGGUACACCAGAAGAUUGUUACAGCAUCUUUUUAACCGAUGACGAGAUUCGAAUUGCCCGAAGAAGAAUGAGAAAAGAUCAGAAAGACGCCAAGCCUAGAGAAAAUGCGUUUUACCAUUUCUUCAAUUGGGAUUUGUGGAAAAAGGUUCUUUCAUCGUGGCAUAUUUACGCGUUAACUUUGUGGACAACAUUCUGUUGGAAUAAUUCCAAUGGUACUUCUGGUGCUUACCCAUUAUGGCUUCAAUCAUUAACCAAAGACGAUGGUAAAAGUCCUAGAUUUGAAGGAGGCAAGUUGCAAGAUUAUACUUCUUUGACACCGGCAUUGGGUAUUUUAUGGUUGAUUUUAACCACGUCAAUUGCAGAUUUACUCAAGAGCCGUUACGGAGCAAUUAUAUUUUCGCAAGUGUUUAAUGUACUUGGAAACUUGUUGCUAGCGAUUUGGGAUAUUCCUGAAGGUGCUAAAUGGUUUGCGUUUUGCAUGCAAUACUGGGGCUGGAGCUCUUCACCCGUGCUUUACCUGUUUAUGGGAGACAUAUGCCGAAGAGAUGUACGUGAGCGUCAAAUCGUACUUGUCUCAGCUAAUAUGCUUGCCCAACUGACCUCGGCAUGGGUGUCGGUAUUAGUGUGGAAGACAGUCGAAGCACCGAGGUUUUUGAAAGGCUUCAGUUUCACUGCUGCUUCAGGUUUUGCAAUGGCAGUUUGGUCAUUUGUGGUGUUGUAUUUCUACAAGAGACAAGAAAGAGCUGGAGCUCUUGAUAACAACAUAGUUCUUUAUGAUACAAGCAAAGAUGAGGAGGGAAAGCAAGCCGAAUAA